GCAUGGCUCCAUCCUGCUCGGGGCUGAGACUCGGGUCCCGGAGGCUGUCUGCAGCCCCUGCACGCCUUGGCCCUCGAUGGGGGCCCUGCGGGGCUGGGUGGAGGUGGGGGGCGGGCCCUGCCACCCGUCCCGGAGGGCUCUGGGUGCUACCCGCCUGCCUGGGUGCCUGAUCUCUGCCCCGGGGGUCUGCACUCAGCAGCCUCCCCUCUCCUCAACCCUGCAGGCUGCAGCGCUCCUGGGAGGGGGCUGAGGAGCCCGACGUGGGGCUGAGGGAAGAGCUCAGCACCCUCUUGAGCUGCCUGAAGGAGAGCGAGCAGGAGACAGCUGCAAUGCAGGAGCAGCUCCGGGGCUUGGAGCAGGAGAAAGAGGAGCUCCGCACCACCCUGCAGGAGCUCACCACCGAGGUACCGAGAGCCCCGUGCCAACACCCCCUCGGACACCCCUCUGGCUGCCCCACGACCCCCUCGCGCUUGGCCCUCACCCCCGGUUCAUCUCCACAGCACUUGGCCUUGGCAGCGCAGCAUGCCCAGAGCUCCCAGCAGCUGGAGAGGACCAAAGAAGUCCUCCCGCAGCUCCAGGCAGAGCUGACGGAGGUGAAGGCCGAGGGAGACGCGGCCCGGAAGGAGCUCCACCAGGAGAAGCAGUCAGCAGCCAAGCUGGCAGAGGCCCUGCGGGAGCAGGCUGAGAUCGAGAAGGUGCUGAGGAAAGAACGCGAGUGCCUCCGGGAGAGACGCGAGGGCCUCCAAGGGCAGACAGUGGGGGGGAAGACGGAGCAGGCGGCCAGGCUGUCCACGUCACUUAUGCGGGAGAUGGUGGCUGUGAAGCUGGUAGGACGGACAAGCCCGACGGGGGCCUUGGGGAAGAAAGGGUGUGCAGGGCACCCGCUGGCUUUGGGGGCACUGGUCUCAGUGGGGAUGAGGGUGGGGGUCUGAGCCCCCAAGGCCCAGCAGUCUUGCCCACACCGACACGUGUCCUGCUGUGCCUUGACCUGCAGGAGGAGCAGCUGGUGGCAAAGAGGCAGGGCAUCACUUUCUGGCUGCAGUGAGUUGCCGCGUGGGGCUCGGCGUGCCAGGGCUGGUGUGCGGGGGGUGGGAUGCCCAGGCUGGCGGUCCCAAGGCAUCCAUCAGCUUCUCCCUUCUCAACACGGACACAGCUCAGGAUCCCUUCUCCCGGGGUUGCGGAGGUGGUGGUUGUUUCUGGGCUCAGUAGGGAGAUGAAGAGCAGAGCCGAGAUGC